AUUCUCAGGACGUUCAAUGGCAUUUACCGCCGGGCUGACAGGACGUCACCUUGUUUAAUUGACUGUCACAUAAGACAGGCGGUGAUAAAGGGGCUGUUCACUUAAUGGCGAGCUGUGUGAGUGAAGACCAAACCUGAGAUUUCAUUUCUGCCAUGUCAACCAAUGAGAGCUCAGAGUUGGGCUGCAGGUCAGAGGUCAGACCCAACAACAGCACCUGCAGCCAGAAGGAACUGUCCGUCACCACGUCCGUCAUCUCCAUGACCGUGGGAAUCUUCUCCAACAGCCUCGCCAUCUUUAUCCUGGUCAAAUCCUACAACCGCAUCCGGAUCAAGUCCAGGGCGUCCUUCCUGCUGUUUGCCAGCAGCCUGGUGGUCACAGACCUGCUGGGUCACCUCAUCAAUGGCUCCCUGGUGCUUUUUGUUUACAGCUCUCACAAGAAAUGGGAGACAUUUGACCCCCACCACAUCCUGUGCAGCAUCUUUGGGGCGUGCAUGGUUUUCUUUGGCCUGAGCCCUUUGUUCCUGGGAAGUGCCAUGGCAGUGGAGCGCUGCAUUGGGAUCACCAGGCCCAUCUUCCAUGCCACUGUGUUAACUCACCACCACAUGAAAAGGUUGCUGGGUCUCAUCUGGUUGCUCGCUGCCCUGGUGGCUGUGCUGCCUGUGCUACUCUGGAGACCCUAUCAGGUUCAGAGCUCCAGGAGCUUUUGUUUCUUCCACCUGGAAGAACCCAAAGACUGGCUGGACGUGUUCCUGCCUCUGCUUUUCUCUAUGCUUGGGCUUCUGGCCCUGCUGCUGUCCAUUGUAUGCAACACGCUGACAAGCUGCACUCUGCUGCAGGCCAGACUGUGCCGCAAAGAUCACUCCAGAGGUACUUCUUACCACAUAGAGAUGAUCUGCCAGCUCCUGGCCAUCAUGUUAGUGUCCUGCGUUUGCUGGGGCCCGUUACUGAUUCAUGUCACCAUCCUUCGCACCAGAGCCAAAGGCGCUCUGCUGAUGGUGAUACGUAUGGCCACAUGGAACCAGAUCCUGGACCCCUGGGUCUACAUCCUGCUGAGGAGGGCUGUUCUGAGGAAAAUCUUCAUGUUGUUCCACUGCUGCUGGGACUCGAGGUCUCAUGACCUCCGCCGCUGGCAGUGCAGCGUGCUCCGCAGCUCCGUGGAGACCAGCAACUCUGGUGCUGGUCCAUCUGACUGCCGUUGCCUUGGCAGGUUACCUCCUGUAGAUACUGCGAUCAAAUCAAUCACCUGAACCCUGCGUGGUCCGAACAGAAAAACAGGAGGAAGCUGUGAAGAUGCAGAGAACUUUGUUGAAAUAAGAUCAUUUGGAAUAUUGUACACACAACAUAAUGAAGAGUUUGUUUUCGUGUUGCUUUUGCAAAUUGUUCACCAUGAACUGGCAGUAUUGUGGUGUAUUGUGUAAUGUGGGAUUCGCUUUUUGUUCUUAACAUUCAGCUGUGUGUAUUCAUCAGAGACUCCAAACAGUAUCUGUAUAAAAUGCUCACAGUGCUCGUAAAAUAUCAGAGUUAGGUUAAUUCUGCUGAAAUUUGCACACGGUAGCUCCAGCCUGUGUUCUUAAGUUCAUCUAAGGAUUUUUUUUUUCUUUUGUUUUUUAAACCAAAUAUGUUUGAUUCUCUUGGUCUUAUUUUAUCACUGGCAGUGGCCCUGGUCAAAAACACACUAUAACCCUGUGUUUUUGCUCUCACAUGUGAAUAGUAAAGUGAUGUGGAAUUGUGAUGUAAUCAGUCAGCUAAUACAGGCUACAUGUGACGUCUGGAUUAUAAUGUGAACACUGCUCAGCAGGUUAAUGUAGUUAAUGUAGGCUGACCAGAACACAGGUUUAUUACAUUACACUGCUGUUAUGAUCAGUUUUGAUCCAGUCUACAGAGAUUUUAUGUCUUAUUUAUUCAUACUGUGAUGAUAAUACUGUAUCAUCACAGUCUAGUCAUCUUUUAAUGAGCAUUGUAAUUAUACUGUCACUGUAAACUGCUGAUUUAUUGUUUGGGAAUUUCAACCCGGAUGUGGGAUGGGAAAGCUCCGUAAUUUUACUACAACAUUUAUAUCUAUCUAUCUAUCUAGCUAUCUAUCUGAGCUCUUUCAUUAGAAGAUCAUCAUCACCAUUAUGAUAAUUGUCAGGCAGUCAGUGGUCUGUUGUUAGGUGAUAUGUACACUUAAGUAAAAUGUGAUGCUCUGUAAAAGUGCUACUAUGUAGUAUGUCAUCUUCCUCUCGUGA